AUGACGGGGGGACUUCCUCCCAUUACUAGCCCGCGAACCAGCGGGUUUGGCGCGAGUUUUGCAGGCAGUGGCGGCGCGCAAUUACCCCCGCUGAGCCCUAGGGCGGGCGGAAAGGGGGACGGCGGCACUUGCCCUCUUCCCAGCCCCAUUGCGCGGAGCAAAACGACAGGCGGAAGCUUCGCGAGGGGUCCUGCGGCCGGGCCAGUUGCUGACGUGGCAAGCCUCCCUAAAAGCCGUACUACGCACGGGAUGGGGGAAGGCGGAGGGGGAGGAGGGGGGGGAGGAGGAGGCGCGGGGGGAGGCGGACGUGGGGGCUUGGGGCGAGAAGGCAGGGCGGGUGGCGGAGGGGCAAACUCCCCGUUACUGAAUCGGAAGAAGGGCGCGGCCGGAGGGGGUGGCGGGAUCCCUAGAAGCGCGAGCAGCGGGAAUCUGGCGCGAAUGGGGCAGAGAGGUGGGAGUGGGGGGAUGGGGGUCACCCCCUCCUUGGGUACUACAAUGCUCGAUGCUGGCUUGGCGGGAACAGAAAUGCCUCGCAGCGCGAGCAGCGGGAAUCUGGCGCGAAUGGGGCAGAGAGGCGCGGGGAUGGGGGGAUUCACCCCCCCAACCAUGGGUAGUCCGAUGCUUGAUGCUGGCAUGUUGGGAGCGGGAAUGCCUCGCAGUGCGAGCAGCGGGAAUUUGGCGGGCAUGGGGAUGAGUGGCGCGGGAAUGGGAUUCACCCCCGCCAUGGGCACAAUGCUUGAUUCCGCCAAGGGGGGUGGCGGAGUCCCUAGAAGCGCCAGCAGCGGGAAUCUGGCGGGAAACAUGGGCGGCAGCAUGGGCAGCAGCAUGGGCGGCAUGGGUGGCAGCAUGGGCGGCAGCAUGGGUGGCAUUAGAUUUACUCCCACCAUGGGCACGGUGCCUGGGAGUCCCAGGGUCCCUCGAAGCGCCAGCAGCGGGAAUAUGGCCGGCAUGGGUGGGAGUGGUGGGGGCGGCAUGAGCGGGAGUAGCACGGGAUUAAGGCUCAGUGGAGUGGGAUUGGGGUCAGGUGCUGCGGGUAAAGGCAGAGGGCACAGGAGUCCCCAAUCCAUGGCUGCUCUAGCAGAGAGGGACAAGCAAAAGCUGGCCGAGAUUCAGAGCUUCUUUGCUUCGGGAGGGCUAGGUUCGGGAGGGCUAGGCUUGGGAAGGCGAGGUUCGGGGAAGUGGGGGGUGGGAGGAACCACCCUGAACCAGUCACCCAAACCUGGAAUGUCCCCCAAUACCUCCCCUCCUGUCACUUCACCUUCGCGAGGAGGAGCAGGAGCAGGUGGAGGAGGAGAGAGAGGAGGAGCAGGAGCACGUGGAGGAGGAGGGAGAGGAGGAGGAAGGGGAGGGAAGAAGGGAGUGCUGGGGCUGAUUCUAGGGCCUAUUCGCACGCCCAGUCCCAGUGAGUAUUACCGGCUUGGUUCUCCUGGUGGCGGUGGGUGGAUGGGACGGGUGUGGGGACAACGAGGGGAGGGAGAGAAGCAGGUGGAAGAGAAGGAGGAGGAAGGGGAAGGGAAGGAGAAGGAGAAGGAGAAGGAGGGGGAGGAUUGGGGGAAGUACAUGGGUGGUGAGGCGUAUGAGGAGAGUGAGGAUGGGGAGGGGGAAGAGGGAGAAGCAGGAGGAGCAGCAGCAGCAGCAGCAGAAAAGGCAGCCAGUGGGGAGGAAAGAAGAGAGAAGGCAGCAAGGGAGCAGGGAAAUCUGACAAAAGAAGCUGUUGCAGCAGCAGGCGUAGCCGCAGCAGGUGCAAGCGCAGCACAAGGAAAAAGAGCUGUAACGGGGGCAGGCACAGGCGCAGCAGCAGCAACAGCAGCAGGCGAAGCUGCCAGAAAAGAGACUGCAGGAGCCACAGGAACCCACCCAAGAGCCCGGCCAGGUGAUGUGAAAGCAAUGGCGCAGGCAGCGGGAGCAGGAGGAAAGUCAGGCGCGAAGACCACGGUGCAGGCAGGAGCAGGAGGAGGAAAAAAGGCGAAGGCAAAAGCCAUGGUUCAGGCAGCGGGAGCAGGAGGAAAGGCGGACGUGAAAGCAGUGGUGCAGGCAGGAGCAGGAGCAGGAGGAGGAAAGGUGGACGUGAGAGCACUAGUGCAAGGAGCUUUGGAGGAGUGGCGGAGGACGGAGGCAGCAGCAAUGCACCAGCUGUCAGCCUCUGUGUUGGGGAGAGGGAUGUCGGACGUGCGGAAGGUGUAUCAGCUGGGGAAGGAGCUGGGGAGAGGGAACUUCGGGGUGAUCAGGGAGGCUGUGGAUUGGGUGUCUGGCGAGCGGUUUGCUUGCAAGAGUGUCAACAAGAAACGACUGGAGUGCGUGGACGACAUAGCGGAUCUGCGGAGGGAGGUGGAGUGCGUGGACGACAUAGCGGAUCUGCGGAGGGAGGUGGAGGUGAUGCGAGCGGUCAAGGGGCAUCCCAACAUUGUGUCGCUCGUGGAUACCUAUGAAGAUGACACGGACGUGCACAUGGACGUGCACAUGGUGAUGGAGCUGUGCGAGGGCGGGGAGCUAUUCGACCGCAUUGUUGUGCGCAAGCACUACAGAGAGCGCCAGGCAGCGCAGGUGUGCCGCACCCUGGCCGAUGUGCUCCGCUACUGCCACUCCCAGCGCAUCCUCCACCGCGACUUAAAGCCCGAGAACGUGCUCCUCGUCUCGACGCGCAGCGACACGCGUGUGAAGGUGAUCGACUUCGGCAUGGCGUACCGCUUUCAGGACGGCGAGCGCUGCACGCAGCGCGCCGGCACGCCCAACUACAUCUCCCCGGAGGUCAUCACAAAGAAUUACGGCACCGAGGCGGACGUGUGGAGCUUAGGGGUGAUUCUCUAUGUCAUGCUGUGCGGGCUGCCGCCGUUUUGGGGAGAUUCGACGGAGGAGAUUUUCUCGAGUAUUCUGUACGAGCCGUUGGAUCUCGAGACCGAGCCUUGGCCGGACGUAUCUGCCGCGGCGAAGGAUCUGGUGCUAUGA